AUUCCGGGAGGUUCAGUACCGCGACGUAAAAUGGGCGUUUCUGGAGGUGUGGCAAAACGCCCCCUUACAAAAUGAAAUAAAAUAAAUAAAUAAACACAGGUCACCGAACAUGCGCAGAAUAAUUUCGUUUUGCGCGGGCAUUCGCAGGAUCUGACAUGUAAGAUGUAGGACAAAACAGUUAUAUCGGUAACUAUUGUUUUGUUUUGUUUUUUAAAUCCUGUAAAUGCUAAAUUAACUAGUUAUUCAAACUGUCAACUUUGCUCAUUCUGUGUAAAUAAAGUUGAGUAUGAAAACAUAGAUAAUUAUGAGUUUGUUUGUUUUUUAUAAUGGGGUAACAACAGGAAACGAUACUGAGGUUAAAAAGUCUUGCAUGAUAGGACACAAUAGAAUUGGUGUAAAGUCAAUAAGAUUUUGAGAUUAUUUAAGUGAAAUAAGCAUUUCUUGGCAAUAGUAUUUUUCAGACAUGAAACCACUGUGAUCAGGUAUCUGAAGUUAUAGAGAAAUAGAUGUAAAAACCCCUGAUCACUGACAGAUCUGCAGAAAAAGGGUUUUCUUCCCAAACUGCGCAUGAUUGUUGACCUACGCAGAUUCUCAAAAUAGGCCACGCCCACUCGAUGACGCAAUAUCUGUUACGCUGUCCUGAAAUCCCUGGAAAAAAGUGCCUGCAGAUCCUGGGAAUGCCCGCGCAAAUAAAGUAUUCUGCGCAUGUUCGGUGACCUGUAUUUUUUAUUUUAUUUUUUUUGUAAGGGGGCGUCUUUGCCACACCCCUAGGAACGCCCAUUUUACGUCGCGGUACUGAAACCCCCGGAAUUUAGUGAAUGCCGUAGUCCGAAAGACUGACGAUUGUGGGUGUGUUAGGUAGCGUCAGAACGGCGCGUGACAUACGCAGCAUUGCGCAAGUCUUGUGUGCGUGUGUAUGUUUGGAGAGAGAGUGAGAGAGAUUGAGAGAGAGAGUGAGAGAGAGAGAGAUACCAGGAUAGAACACUUUUAGUUAGGGGAACAUUUUCUUUACACGAGUCUUAGGCACCCCACAUUUCAUAGACAUUUUUUCUUAAAGGUCCAUUUAUGCCUAGUCUGUCAGUAGAAAAGGGAAAAUGAUUUCCAAACAAUAUUUUGUCCCAGAAAGAAAAAAGAAAAACACAAUUUAAUGUUUUAUGUAUGCUAAGCUUCUGAGAAAAACCAUCAUUAGGAAAUCAUCCUAGGAACUCUAGGAUUUUAUUUUCAGUGACAAAAGAACUAGCAGGUUCUUCAAGAAGCCAGGACUAAACCAAUCAGCCAGAUUCCUUAGAAAGCUGUCGGUGUACAUGUGCAGUUUUAAAUGGAAAGUGAAAUUGUGAUUUAAUGUAUUUUGUUAUUUGCUUGGUUGUUUGUUUGUUUAAUAUAACAUUUAUUUAGAACUUUUCCAUUCAUCAUUUUUGAAGGCACCUCCACUUUACAGAAUUUCUUAAGUAUUUACAGUGUUGUAAUUAUACCAUAAGAUCAUUUAAUAUCCUAACAGCACCUACUGUAGCCUACUCAUAAGGACAUAGUUUCAUUGUUUGUAUCUGUAUAAUACCUUUUAUUCGGCUUUAUUUAUUUAUUUAUUUAUUUAUUUAUUUAUUUGCCACUUUGAGAUUUUUGUUCAACAGUUAUUCGUUGUUUCAAAUCUUUGACAAAUUAUUCCAUGGAUAAACUGCAUUCAGCAAGCAUGAAGCAAAAAUAUAGCUUACAUUUCUAAUGUAAAACGACGUGUAGAAUGAAUUAGUCACUGACUGGCACGAGAGAAGGAGAAGAAGCAACAUUUAUAUCGAGUAAGUAAUGUAAGAGGGGGUGAGUGGGGCUUUGUAAUUUCAGCACCGCGGACAGCACCGGCUCUCAGGCCCCCGUUAGGAAGAGCCAGUGCGAUAGUUUAUAGAUUUUCGAGAGACCAGGACAAUGGUGAAGAAUUAUAAAUAGUAAUCAUUUAAAAAUGGUAUAGAAAAAGCAUUACUCAGUGACAGAGAAUAAUCAUUAUAUAUCCCGUGAACACCAUGUCAUGGCUACCAUAAAAGGAUAUUUCUCGAAUGAAGUAGUGUGAUUUUAAAUUUUUUGUUAAAAAAAAAUAUUUUUGUGCAUUCACAAAUGUGGAAACGGUUCAUUUCUCUGUAUCUGUGCGAAGUUGGGUAUUAUAGCAGAGAUUCAUUUGUCUACCAAAUGUGUGAGCCAUGAUCACGUCCUUUGGCCUGCAGAUGUCGCCCCACAGCAGUUAAUGAGCGUCGCCCAGCAACAGCCAAUGUCUCACGACGCAUUUAGUCUAUCGAUACGACCAAAAUGAUGCAACCACGUCUGUCACUUUAACUUCCCAUUUUAUUCAUAAAUACGCACUUUGUAAUCCAUUCCUACCGAUCGUGUGUCAUUACUGUGAUGCUCAUGCGCUCUUUGACUGUCAUAACGCAGCAAUGCCCGGUCUCCUCCCUUUAUUAAUAGACAGUGCCCUCUCGCAGCCAAAUGCCCGCAGGACCUGUUGCCGUGGUAAAUAUGGCUGAUAAGAUGGUCGGUGGGCUGCUCUUCUGCUGCUCUGACCCCCGCCAGGUCGCGUUUUGGGGCAAAAUGGUGAAUGUGACCUGAAUGCGGCAGCCGAUUUCACAUAAAGCAGGAUAGCAGCGUUAAAUUAAUUUCUGAUCGUCUGGACAUCGAUUCCAUGAGAGCUCCUUUCGCAGCGCUAUUCAUCGCCUCCAAGUCUGCGGUCUGCGUCGGCCUGAGCUUCUGUGUGCGCUGCUGCUGUACAUGGAAAAGCUCUAUGCUCUUCGCUUGCGAUGCAGUUGUGUUAUAAACCACCGACGCUUUGCUCGAAUAUUUGAUCAGCUGACAGUGGGAUUGGGGGAGAUUUCUUGCUGACCUCCAGUGGCCGCCGCAUGCAGCUUGAUGGUCACACUGUCUCCCCUUUUAGUUUUAUUUGCACCAAGGAGUACAAGAAGACGCCCGAGUGACAAGAGGCAGGCGAUUGUUGGUCGCUGUAGGUGUGUGUGAGUGCGUGUGUGUGUGUGUGUGUGUGUGUGUGUAUGCGCGCGCGCCUGUGUGCAGUGAGCAGUAGAGGGGACGCGCUUGUUGCAUCGCCCAGCUGCAUGUCUUGCGUGUGUCGUCGCCCUUUGGAGAGCAAUUCAAGCGUAAAAUCUACCAGGAGACCUUAAGAUCGGACACCUCGAGAAACCGUUUUGGAUAAAUCCGUUUUGUUGUGUGCAUUGCACCCAAAUAAUUUCUGAAGAAUCCAAGUUUUUUUUCCAUCUAUGACAUUAUGCCCACCCGGGCGAUGACAUUUCACUGGACGCAGAAAGACUAGCGGCGUCUCGGCGUCUCGCGAGGAGCGUAAUUUAUGAACGCACACCGGCGUUGGGGGACUGCGCUGAAGGAGAAUGCAUCAACGAGCCCCGCUGCCCGGGGCCGUUUCCGGUUCCUGAGCGUCCCGCGGUCCCCCGUCACGAAACCGCGCGGGGAAAGCGGCGCCCACAGAUGGCAUGGGCACAGCCUGCGCAAGGUCUGCCGCUCUGCCCCGCCACCGGAGCCCGCCCGCCAUACCCCUCCGCCGCCGUAACCCUACUCCGUUGUCCUCCUCGUCCUGCGUUCGCCCCGAAACCACUGCACCUGCACCUGCACCACUGCGGCCGGCCGCCCCUGAGCCACAGCCGACGGCAUGAGGAGGCUUGAUGCGGUGCACUUCUCCAUGCUGCUCGUCGGGGUCUCCUUUGCGUGCUACGCCCCGAGCUUAGAUUCCCUGCAGGAGCAGGCGUACCGAUCGGCCGUGGUGAUCGAGGGCGAGGUCCAGGAGCUGCCCGCCAACGCAUCCGCCGAAACGUACAGCGUGAGCGUCCGAGUCCUGAACGUGUGGCCGACCAACAGCGGCGGUCUCGAGCGCCAGCAGCUCGUCACCGUUGGCGACUUUGGCUCUGAGGCUCCGUGCGUCGCAGUGGAGAAGGACCACAGAUACAUAUUUUUCAUGGACCCCACAGAGGAGCCGCUGGUGUUCAAGGCGUCGUUUGCUCCUCGUGAAACCGUUGAGAAGACUCUCAAAAAAGAUGUGGAGCGCAUUCUGUGCGAGGACUGCGCAUUAGCUCCAAAGUUGAAGCCCAUGCGUUCUCAAUGGGUGUGGGAAGGUGAGCGUGUGACCCUAAAGUGCGAGGUUCAGGGCAACCUGAGCCCAUCCUUUCGCUGGCUAAAAGAUGGGAGUGAACUCCGCAAGAGCAAAGAUGUCAAAAUCAAAACCAACAAGAAAAACUCAAAGGUCCAGAUUAGCCGAGCGAGACUGGAGGAUUCUGGGAACUACACCUGCGUGGCCGAAAACCCGGUGGGCAAGGAUAACUCCACCAGCUACAUCAACGUCCAAAGCAUAACUACCACGCUGUCUCCGGGCUCCAGCCAUGCCAGAAAGUGCAAUGAGACGGAAAAGGCAUACUGUGUCAAUGGUGGUGACUGUUAUUUCAUACACGGUAUAAACCAGCUGUCCUGCAAGUGUCCAAAUGACUAUACUGGUGAUCGCUGUCAAACCUCCGUUAUGGCCAGUUUCUACAAGCAUCUUGGAAUUGAAAUUAUGGAGGCAGAAGAACUGUACCAGAAGCGGGUACUGACAAUAACAGGCAUUUGCGUGGCCCUGCUGGUGGUUGGCAUCGUUUGUGUCGUUGCAUACUGCAAAACCAAGAAACAGAGGAAGAAGAUGCAAAGCCAUCUGCACCAGAACAUGUGUGUAGAACACCCCAAUCGUAUGCUGGCCAACGGACCCAACCACCCAGGGCCUGGUCCCAGCCCAGAGGAGAUCCCUAUGGUCGAUUAUAACUCUAAGAAUGCCCAAGCCACCGAGCGAGUUAUACGACACGGAACAGAGACGUCAGGCAACUUUUCGGGCAGCCGGAUGUCCUCACGGUCCCACCACUCCUCUACUGCCACCCACGCUUCCAGUCACCGGCAUGAGGAGAGGACAUGGAGUAUGGAGAGGUCAGACAGCAUGAACUCGGACUGCCACUCGGGGGCACUCUCUUCCUCAGUAGGCACCAGUAAAUGCAGCAGUCCAGCAUGUAUGGCUCGGCAUGCAGCGCAUCGUGGCUAUUCUGAGCCUGCACGGAGCCCCCUGCAGUACGGAGACUCAUACGACUCUCUGCGGGACUCACCUCACAGCGACAGGUAUGUGUCAGCGCUCACCACACCGGCCCGUAUGUCUCCAGUGGACUUCCACUCCUCCUCACUGCCCCAGCAGGUGCCUACCUUCCAGAUCACGACACCCAAUGCCAGCCAUGCACUGUCCCUACCGCCGGCUGUAGGUUCCUACUCGCCCGGAGAUGAUCAGCCACUCCUACGCCGGCCACGCCCUGCACGUAACCCAUACCACAGUGAGGGGACUGGCUCUCUCCCGUCCAGCCCAUACCGCCUCGCGGAUGAUGAGGACUACGAGACAACACAGGAGUACAUGUCGUCUCGUGAGCGGCCCAAAAAGAGUGGCAGCGGGCGCCGUUGGCACAGGAGGUCACACCUGAAUGGACACGUUUCCCAGCGUGCCAAGGGGCCAAGGGACUACAGCUCCCAGAGUUGCCUGUCGGACAGCGAGUGGGAGGAGGAUGAGGAGGAGGAGGAGAUGGGGGAGCUGGGGCAUGGCGAGAGCACGCCUUUCCUCAGCAUGCAGAACAUGAGCAUGAACAACGAGCCGGCCACUAUCUACCGGCCCAACGACAUGCGGACAUACAGCAGUACAACGCGCAGCACGUCACGCUCAAACACACACACAAACAAACUGUCACAGUCACGGUCCAAACCAGACAAUGCACCCCUUUAAACAAAGAGCAGUGACGAGGACAGUGAAACAACAUAUCUAGGAGAGAGAGAGAGAGAAAAAAUGAUAUAUGCUAUAGACCUGCACCUAUAAGAAAUAUUUUUUAUUUUAUAUAACAGACAGAUAUUCUAAACAAAGGAAAUAUUUAUUUUCAUUUCAGCAAAAAUUGUCUACUAGCUAGCAGCAAAGACUUUUUUAUAGGGGGGAAACUAUUUAUAUGUAAUUUCUGUUCUUUGGUUUACAGCAUUACGAAGAAGAAUCACGUGCCAAUUUUUUCACAACUUAGAAAUAGAAUAAUAUUGUGGUGCCUUUUGCUGUAUGCCGAUGAGGGAGGUUCCGUUGAGUUUUUUGUAGCCUUUCUUAAAAUGGACUCCUGGGUUUUAUAUAGACAUGUUUUUUUUUCUUGUUUUCUUUUUGGUUUGUUUGUUCAGGAUCUCCCCAUUUGAACUGUGAUCUAAUUCUGACAUCAUGCAAUAUGGGAAUCACUUUUAUGUAAGAUGUUUGUUUACAUGAGUAGGGGUUCACAUACUGGUCAUUUUCCCAAGGCAUAUAUACAAUCACCAUGGACAUGCUGUUUCCUGUUUGAGACAGGAAAUGGUGUGUUUGUGUAGACAUUCUAAUGCUUUCUCUCUCCCCCCCCUCCCUCCCCCCUCUGGUUAUUAUCAUUUGUUGUUUGCAGGUCUGGCAGGUGUUCAUAGGGCAUUGUCAUGGUACCUGCCCGGUGUUCAGGGUUUUCAAAAUGGCAGUGUGUGUACAUCCAAUGAAUGAAUUUACUCUACUGUAUGUAAGAGAGGGGGACUGUGUAUGUAUUUGUGUGUGUGUUUGAGUAUUGUGCUCUCUGUGUGUGCAUGUGAAUGCUAGGCUGAGUCAGCCUGUAUCUGUUUGGUUUUGUCUGUUUGCUCCUGCGUGUUGUGUGUUGGAGUGUAACAGGCACUAGUCUAAAGGUUUGGGUGUGUGUUUGUAUCUAACUGUGAUCUCUCUGAUGGGUUUUGUCAUAGGGGAGCUCUGACACUCUGUUUCCAUUAUGUUGGCUUUAAAAGAACUGAGAAAGACACACUGACUUUGCCACUACCCGGUGGCGAGAUGAGCUCAUUGCACUGUACCCUUCCUUCCAAAUGUAGUGUUUGGCAGUGGUGCCGCCUGCAGGUGAACCAAUCCAGCCUGAUUCUAGCCUACAUGGACCGACAUAUCCCGUUAGCUCACACGCCCCUGUUCCUAUGCCAGCAGCUUAAGGCCGCUAUGUGUCUCAGGACUUCCCAUCCAAAAACCACAUGAUCCAUUAGCACUUCUCACUCUCAUUCUCAGAUCUGAUCUGAAACUCUGAGAAUAAUACCAUUGGCUAUUUUGCUCAUUUGUGAAACCUGUAGAACGUCCUAACAUUUUAAAGUACUUUUUUCUGCUGCCCCCUCUCUCUUUGGUUGUGUUUGUCUGUAUGCAAGCUGGGAACUUGCUGUUGGCAGUGCAGGUUUGGGCGUGCUACUUUAAGUGAAUAAGUUGUGAAAUACCUAUUUUUUAGUGUCCCGCCCAAAAGCUUGAAAACACUCAGUCCAGCAAACGUACACACCCCAAAUUCCCUAUCCACACCCAAACACACCUAUUUACACACCUGUAUCCACAUAAACAUACACUGUGUCAUCACAUCCAAACACAAUCCCACACACUCAUCCAAAGCUUCUCCUGACUCAUGGAUUACCUUCAUUCCUUUCUCUCUCUCUUCUCUUGUUCUGUUCUUCCUCUGUCUGCCUUUUUCUGCAUGUCCUAGUGGUUUUGGUAGAUGGGUGCAUGGUAAACGCAGCAACUGAGUUGUCUUCACGCGGUGAAAGUGUAUUUUCAUUUUGACAUCCAGCAAUAAAUCCCCUUUUUUUCAUGCCCAUUCUUGACUUGGAAUAUGCUAGAAAUUUUUGCAAGUUUUCUCAGAAAAUAGUACUUGUACAAAAAUCAAACCACUUGUUCAUAUGGAAAAAAAAUAAAUCUUUAUUCCUA